AGUAAAUCCCACAAACGAUCCUCCUGGCGGCCUGCCAGCGGCAAUUGCAAACGAUCAAGCGCUCUUUUUUUCGCUGCGCUCCUACCUUGAAAACGAUGGGCAAGAAGAAAGGAAAGGGCUCCAAGGGCCAAAAACGCGGCGGUCGAGACGAUCCUGCGUGGAAUCGCACGGAUGUGAUCGAACGCGAGCACAUGAAAAAUGAACGCCUCGAGAAAUAUUACCGGGCACAGAACAUCCUACCUGAAAGCGAAUGGGAGCCAUUCCUCGAAACUCUGAAAAAUCCGCUGCCUACGACGUUCAGGGUAGCCGGGAGUCGUCAGGCGGCGCGCCUGCUCAACGAGACAAUAAGGGACGUUCACGUCCCACACCUCGGCGGCGUGGUGUUCGAAGGGGAGGCGGUGUCCCCGCCACAGCAGAUACCUUGGUAUCCGGAGGGUCUCGCCUGGCAACUCAAUGUCGCAAAAAGAGUAGUCCGGAAGUCGCCAGAGUUCAAGAAAUUCCACUCUUUCCUCGUGUUUGAGACCGAAGUGGGAAACGUCUCAAGACAGGAAGCAGUUAGCAUGCUUCCGCCUCUCUUCCUUGAGGUGGAACCACAUCACAGAGUAAUCGAUAUGUGUGCCGCGCCGGGCUCGAAGACCGCGCAACUGCUGGAGGCCCUGCAUGCCCAAGACACGAUCACCUCCUCUUCCAUCCCGUCCGGCCUCCUCAUUGCGAACGAUAGCGAGUACAAGCGCACGCAUCUCCUCAUCCACCAAUCCGCCCGACUACCUUCUCCCGCGCUCAUGGUCACGAACCUUGACGCGUCGAUCUUCCCUGCCAUCAAGAUUCCCUCGGAGCAGACGACCUUCCCGGAGCACACCAAGGCGCGCGUCGCGGCGAAGACACAGUAUCAGCUCAUGUUCGACCGCAUUCUCUGCGACGUGCCGUGCAGCGGUGACGGCACGAUGCGCAAGAACCCGGGCAUCUGGAAGCACUGGUCCCCGAUGGACGGCAAUGGCCUGCACAGCCUACAGCUUCGUAUCCUGCAGCGAGCGAUGCGCAUGCUGAAGAAGGGCGGCCGCAUCGUCUACUCGACGUGCUCGCUGAACCCAGUCGAGAACGAGGCAGUGGUCGCGGCUGCGUUGAAAUCGAUCCCUGGGUUCGAGCUCAUCGAUAUGUCGAAUCACCUCCCCGGGCUCGUCUACCGUCCCGGGAUGACCUCAUGGCGGCCGAGCGUGAGCAGGGAGGUCAACACCGACUUUGCGACGUACGCGGAUUACAUACAAUCGCUCGACGAGGAGCAGCGCAGCAGCACGAAGAUGGUCGAGACGCAGUGGCCGCCCUCGGCGGAGGAGGCGGAGGGCCUGCGUCUUACACGCUGCUUCCGGAUCUAUCCCCACCUGCAGGAUACUGGCGGUUUCUUCAUCGCGAUCUUGCAGAGGAAACCGCCGGCAAAGGCUCCCGCGACAGCUAGUGCAUCCAGCGAAAGCAAGCGGAGUGCAGACGCUGUGGAAGGCCUGGACAAGUCUGAUGUCAAGAAGCCGAAGCUCGACAGCGACACGCAGGAUGGGCAGGUAGACGAAGCCGAAGACGUGGAAGAGGUAGCAGUCCCUGAGGAGACCACGGACGAACCCACGGCAGCCAUGGAUGUGGACAAGCCGUCUGGCUCUAACUCAGAGCCUAAGAUACGCUUCAAAAAGGGCAAAACGGCCGAGGGCGCCAGUGCGCACUUCAAGGAGAACCCGUAUACGUUCAUUGACCCGACCGACCCCAUCAUCACGGCAUGCUCCGAGACCUUCGACCUGAGCCCGGACUUCCCCGCAUCGAACACGCUCGUGCGGAACCCGAUCGGCGACACCGUGCGCUCGCUGUACAUGGUGAACGACAUCGUGAAGAGCAUCAUCAAGCACAACGACUACGCGCGCAUCCGGCUCAUGACCGCCGGCACGAAGGUGUUCGGCAAGCAGGAGGGGACCGAGGCGAAACGCGAGGGCACGGAGACGCACUUCCGUGUGCUCGCCGAGGGCCUGCCCGUCGUGCUGCCCUACAUCGGGCCCAAGGCCGUCGUGCAAGCGGACUUCGCGGCGCUCAAGACACUGAUGGAGGCGUACUACCCACUCACGUCGGGCUUCGCGGAUCCGUUCCGGUCAAUGAUCGAAGCACGAACAAACGGCAGCUAUGUUGUCCGCUUCCAGCCUGGCCAGCUCGGAGAUGCGACGCUCACACAUGAGCUGGUCCUGCCAAUCUGGAAGUCGAACGUUUCGCUCACCCUCAUGCUCGAUAAGCGCGCGAAGAGCGCCUUGAGCUUGCGGAUCUUUGGAGACGACAUUACUACUGUCGCUCGUGACGCGUCUGCAGCGAAGAAGCAGAGAGACCAGGCCGCCAUUGCAGCCUCAGAGGAGACGCCCAUCAUCGAGGAUGAGAAGGCUAAGAACGUUGACCAAGUCGACGUCGACGCAGAAGAUAUUGAUGAAGUGUGAGCAUAUGUAUGUGUAUGUACGUAGAAGUAGAUGUAUGCAGCACUAUUGCUUUAUGAAUCGG